AUGUCCCCAUCCGAGAAAACAAGCAUUGGACAUGAAACCAUGAUGAACGGACCCAAUUUUUAUAUGAAAAUGUCUGCAUCAAUGUCGGUGAGUGUAGACUUGACUAAUGCAAAAGAAGCUGAGAUGCUUAAACAAGUGGUAACAAUGCUGCUAGGAACGAAAGUGAUCAGUCUUACAUUGGAAAUACACACAACCCGUUUUGGGAAGAUACAAGACCGUUUCCCAACGCUCAGUUCCGUGCAGAUUCUGUAUGGUUGUCUAACUUUAGCGGUUCAAAUGAAGAAUUUGCUUGGCCUCGCGUAUUAUAACGCAAGGAACUGUACUAAGAAGUUGGAGAUGGAAGAGGCAAUAGCCAAGCUAAAGGAGCUUCCAAAAGGUCACGAUAACCUUUAA